GAAAGGAGUUCGGCUGAUAUGGUGGUUAUGAGUGUAAACUAGAAUUUUAGAUCUCCCUUACUUAUUUAAAAUUCCUUCUAUAGAAAAUUUUUUAACCUUUAUAUUUUAAUGUAGAUCUUAAUUUUUUAAUUCAUCAUGUUAAAGCCCUCUAAAGCAACUAAUCGCCUUGACAAAAAUCGCAUAGAGAUUAAAAGCAAGCUCGAUGCCGAGUUCAGACGCUUUGGUUUGGAUCGGAGUGAGCCAUCUACAUUUGAAGAAUUUUAUAAUCUAAUAGAAAAAUUCCAUAAGCUGCAUGAAAUUCCAUUUACAAUCUGCUAUACUGAUCCUAAUCAUGGGGACUUGCUGCCUAUAAACAAUGAUGAUAACUUAGCUAGAGCUAUUAAUUCUGCUUGGCCACUUCUUAGGUUAUUUAUACAGAAGAAAGGCGAAAGUUGCGAGGAGCUCAAUGGGUAUGGCACAACUGGCAAACGGAAAAAGUUUCUUAGCCAGUAUUUAUUACAAUCUGUAACACCUAAAGGCCGUCCACACAUAUCUAUUAGCUUACCAGAAGAUUUUCGACAAGUGUCCUCCAUAAUAGAUGUAGAUGUCGUCCCAGAAACUUGUCGACGGGUGAGACUAGUGAAGCAUGGGUCAGAUAAGCCCCUCGGUUUUUAUAUACGUGAUGGUACGAGUGUACGGGUAACACCCCAUGGCCUAGAAAAAGUACCUGGAAUUUUUAUAUCGCGUCUCGUACCUGGUGGGCUUGCUGAAAGCACCGGACUGUUAGCUGUGAAUGAUGAAGUACUUGAAGUGAAUGGCAUUGAGGUGGCUGGAAAGACACUCGAUCAGGUUACAGACAUGAUGGUUGCCAAUUCAUCGAACUUAAUUAUAACUAUCCGUCCCGCCAAUCAGUCCAAUGUUGGCUUCCCACGUCGUGGGUCUGUUGGUCAUUCAUCGCAAAUGUCUCAUGGGUCUCAACAUUCCAAUCAGUCCUUACCCAGCGAUGAUGACCAUUAUGAAGAAGAUGAAAUUAGAGAUCACACUGUCUCAAUGUGUCAAGAUUCACCAGAGAAACCAUCAGUUGCUGAGGAUGAUGGUGUUGUCACACUUUGAUAAUUUUGUAUCAUUCUGUAAAGAACUCAUCUUGAUUGGUUGAUUUGCAUGCCUUCUAGGGUAGCUACAUUUUUCUAAGAACAGUGGAUAAUUCUUAGGCAAAUCAAUGAGUUUAAAAGAAUAUACAUUAGUACUUGUAUACUGAAUGUCUUGUGUGAUUGAUGAUAUUCCAAAGUUUAAAAAAUGUGAAUGUAUAUUUUUGUUAUCUGAUGGUAUACAUGUUUGUGAAUUAUUAUCCCUGUUCUGAGAAUAUUACGUCUUUGUAUACUAUUCCAAUACCUCUUGUGCCUUGACGGAACUUAUUAAUGGUCUGCUUCUGGGUUCCUGAUAUUAAUAAUAAUACUAAUUAUCAUACAUGGAUGUAAUGAUCCAGUUUUUAAUGGAAAAAAUUUUUACUAUGUAGGAUUUUAACUUUGAUUAUUAUUGUGUAAUAUUCACACUUUUUAGCUGAAUUGUUAUUUACUGUUGAAAGAACAAAUAUCCGUCCUUUUUUUAUAUUUAGGAAAACUCCAAUAUGUCUGCAAAUCCAGCCUCUUAAGGUAACUGAACCUCAACAUUACUAACAUUUCUUGCAUGCCUGUGUUAAUAUUUGUAACAAAAAUCUUAUGUGCAUGAAAAAUCUGUUUCUGUUCUUGUAACUUUAAUUUUUUGAAUCCUUUCUAAUAUUGUUUAACAUUUUCUGUCGUGUUCUUAUGAAGAGAGAUGAACGUUUGAGUUGAUGUGUAUCUAUUAGAUAAAAUUUGGAGAUAUGUAAUUAUUAAUUUAAAAAAAUGAAUGCUGCAUUGAUUAUUAUUACAGUUUUAUCAUCCAGUCUUUAAUCUUGUGGAUAUUAAUAAAUUUGUCAUGAUAUUAAAAAAAUCAUUGAUAUUUUAAAAAUCAGAGAGUAAAUUUUUAAUGUCUUAAUUUUUUUUUAUUUUUAAUUUGCUCUUUUUUUUUUUGCUUGAAUUCUAACUGUGACUUUUUUUUAUUCAAGAUUUUUGUUAAUUAUAUGAAUUUUAAUACAUAAUUUUCUGUUUUGCUUUUUAAUUUAUCAUUUGAAAAACAGUACAAUUUUUGCUUACUUGUUAUGAAUUUUUAAUCUUUUGAAUGUUACAAUAAGUUUUGUGAAUCUUUUUAUCUUUUCAGUAUGUAAGUAUAAACAUACAUAUUUUUUAAAUAAGAUUAUUGAUUUUAUGAUGGAAUCAUUUAGAUAUUUAUGUUUUCAGAUAAUUUCUUGUUAAAUGUGUUUCUAAUUCUUUUCAAUUUAAUUUCAGAAAUUUUAUUCAUGCUUUUGACAUGUGAAAACAUAAGCACUAUCUAGCCAGAUUUGUUUCUGGGAAAUACACAUAUUUAGAAUUUUUUGCUUAGAAGUUAGGUUUAUGUAUAUAUAUAUAUUUCAUUUAUUAAGUUCAGUUCUUGAAUUGAGUUCUGUAUUUUGAAAUAUCUUAAAUAUAAAUGUGAAAAAUUGUACAUUUAAAAACUUAAGAUAUCUUAACUAUGAUGGGACCUGUCAUUUAUUUUUAAGUAUUAAGCGAAUGAUUAAUGAACACCGAAUAUUUUGUAUUGUUUAUCUACUUUAAAGGGAUAAAUGUUUUAUAUUUGCCUUUUUACUUCUAACUUAUUUCUGAUAAUUCACAUAGUUUUAACUAGAAUUCACUGUUUUGUAAAUACUCUAAAUUCAGUGUUUAUUAAUCAUUUGAUUAUUUUAAAUUCAAGAUCUGAUAUUAAUUAUCUAAAGAUUAAUUAACAUUUGUGUUUAAGGAUUUGUCUUAUAUUUACUAGAUUGAUAGUUACAUGCAAAUUUAAAGCAUCCAAUUUAAUAUUUUUGGAUAAUAAAGUUAUUGCUUUCUUUGAAAUAAGGAAAACUGAGAUUAUAUUAAAGAAUUUUUGAAGUUUAAUAUUUUUGUGGGAAAACAAAUUCUAACUGAUAUUUUAUGCAUGCAUUUCCUUGCUCGUGUGUUAGUAUAUUUGAAAGAAUGAAUUGUUGAAGAUAUUUGUACUCUUCAGUUAGAAUUUGUUUUCAUUUAGUAAUUUAUGGUCGUUUACAUUGCUUGUAUUUAAAAAGUAUUAUGCUGAAUUGAACACUUGUUGUAUUUUAUGUCUGUUACACUUUUAAUGCAGUGUUUCUUUUAAGAAGUAUUUAUUUCAUAACCUGAAGUAUUCUGUUAAGCUUGUUUAUGUAGUAUUAAAAAAAAAAAACUGUCUAAAGUUGUAGCAGCUGUUAACUUUUCACAUAAAAACUUUGUUGUAAAUUUUAUAUUUUUACUAUUUUAGUGUUUAUAUGUGAAAAAAAACCCAUUAAAAUAUUAGUAAUUUUUAGUGUAAAAAUUAAUAUAAUUCAAUGCAAAGUGUUGAAGUUUGUUUUUACUAUGCAUUCUUUAAAAGUCCGAGUCUGCAUAGGGAGUUGUGAGCAUCUUAAAGACUGUGAUGUAUUGAUGUACAAUGUAAAACUCGCUAUUUUUCAAGCUCAAGACUUUAGUGAAAAGGGUAAUUUUCUGCUCUUGUUCAAUAUUUUUAUCUAUUUCUCAUUUCUUAUGCAUUCUUAACUUUUUUAAAAUGUGCAUUACUUUGAAAUCAUUGCAAUAAAAUCUUAGUAUUUAUUUUUUA